CCCGCCGUCUGGCCCCAGGCCCGGGCCUGUGCGUCACCGCCGCCGUUGCGCUCGCUGGUCCUCAGCGAGGACGGUGGUGGCGGCGGCGUGAGUGGGCCCGGAACCGAGUGUGUGAGGCCCGCGCCCAGCCGGAAGGCCAGGGCGAGCCUCUGCGCCUGCAGUCCCGCGUGGAGGUGCAGGGCGUCCCAGCCGCCAGUGCUUUGCCGUGGGGGCUGUGAUGUCCAGUGCAGUCCAGCGCGGAGAUGUUUCGGGAGCGCAGCGUUGUCUCCUGCGGUUUGCUGUCUGCGUCCCCUUUCCAGAGUAUGGAAGACAGUCUUGCUCUGUAGUUCAGCUGGCCUCGAACUCAAUCAUCCCGCCUCGUCCUCCUUGGGUGCAUGCGCCACCACAGCGGGUAGAAUCACACCGUUGGAAAGAGCCUGAAGUAGGGGCUGGGAAAAUAGCUCAGCGACCUGAGCGCCUGGCUGGCAAGCCGAAGGCCCGGAGUUCUGUCCCCCACAGUAAAACAAGGACGCUGUAGGAAUGCCACAGUGACCCCAGGAACAGCUCGGGGGUGCUUGUUGGUUAAGAGGUUAAGGACUCGAGCGUUCAUUUUCAUACUUGGACAGAUAGUCGAGGCUUAGCUAUCCGAAUCCACGUGGACUUGUUUGCCUGAAUUGAAGAAAGUGGACUUGAAGAACUUUUGAAAGAGAGAUGUCCAUGACAUGGGAAAGGAGGUGCUCCGUGGGACCAGGACCUGCUGCUACGCAAUGUGGGAGAGGCGGCCUCAUAUGGAAACACCAACUGUUCGUCUCUGCUGAUGGGAAGGCAGCAGAAUGUGUGGGUCCCACAGGUGGGCUGGUGGAUGUGCUGUGGAGAGCGCAGGAAAUCAUUGUCUGCUGUGCAUGAAGCAGGGGAGAAGAUGCUGGGGUCUUACAGCUUGAGCUUCUGUUUUGAUUUUGGGAACUGAGUUCACAGUUAAGGAAGCAGGACCAAGCCCUACAGAGAUCAUCUAGGAGUAAAGAAAACAGUAAUUAUGAGUGGAAGAUCUCAAGUCCACAUUUUUUGGGGUGCUCCAGUUAGUCCCCUGAAAAUGACGGUAUCCCAGAAAACAGCUUCUUUAAUGUCCACAUCUGACUCCUGGGAGAAAAUCCAGCUGUUGUACCAUGAAGGUGGUUUGCAUAUGCAGGAAGAAAGCUGCACACCUGGGAACCUAAGAGACUGUAGAGUCCUGGAGGGUGCGGGUACUCCAGAUCUUGUUCAGAGGGAGCAUGGCUUUCUGCAUUCUGCUUCUGAAGCACAGGAUGGAAAACCCUGGAAGAUUCUCUCUUCAUGCCUGAGUCCUGUGUCCUCCUCUAGUGUACAAAUCAGAGGAUUAAAGGGCAGAGCCCAGUGUUUACCUAAAAAAGAAAAACAUCAAAAGCUUGAAUGUGAAAGCAAAAUCACAGGUGAACAGCCUGAAGAUCAGUCACAUACAUGUGGCCAAAACUUUCAGACAGAGUCCUUUUCUUUAGGCCACAAAUGUGCAGCUAUGUUGGAUUUGGGCCAUAGUGCUGGACACAUCGAUACAGUACUUAAAACUGUAGAGACAAAGUGUGUGCCAACAGAAUACCAGGAGAUACAGAGCCAGCAUCCAGAAUUGCUCUCUUCUAUUGCUGUGAAUGAGCCAGAGCCUGCAGGAGCAGUGAGGAAGGGCUCCAGCCCUAACGUGUCUGUGGAAACUGAAUUUCUUAGUAUCAUGACCUGCAGCCAGGUUGCUUUCUUAGCUCAAAGGAAGGCAGAAAGGCAGAAGUCCAGAAAUACAGGAACUGUGAACAUGGAGAGUGAACAAAAGGCAGGGCUUGGGGAAGUAAGCAUGACUGAAGAUAAUGUGAUUGAGCCUCAUGAAGAUUUUGUGGAAGGACAUGAAAGUGGACAAAACCAAGCACAUUCCUUAGAACUUUUUAGUCCUGAAACAGCAGGUAACCACAUUCACAUAAACCCAGGAAAAGGUCUGGAAGGAAAUGCAGGAUCUCAAGAAUUGUUCAGCUGUGAAGAUGAACUGGCACCAAAUGAGAUCCAUAUUGAGUUAUGUAGCUCAGGAAUACUGUGCUCCCAACUAAAUGCCUGCCAUGGAACUCCUGUUGGAAGAAGUGAGCCCUCCAAAGAUAACUCGGGCCAUUCUAAAGCUCUAUCUGAACUCCCUGCAGUUCCUAAGAAGAUGAAAUUGUGUUCUAAUGUAAGAGACACUUCCAGGUCAAGGGACAAGAGGUUUGUGUCUGAAUUUAAAGGUAUUAAAAAACUAUCAUUAAUAAAAAACUGUGACUCUAAAGGCAAGAAGUAUAAUUGUUUAGUUAUGGUGCUUACUCCAUGUCAUUUGAAAGAAGUAAACAUAAAAUCUGGACCAAAUUAUGGCUCGAAGGUACCUUUAGCAACAAUUACAGCCAUCGAUCAGUCAGACAUGAAGAGAAAGGUGGUUCUGUGGAGGACCACAGCAUUUUGGGCACUUACCGUGUUUCUUGGAGAUAUACUUUUACUCACAGAUGUUACCAUUCAUGAAGAUCAGUGGGUUGGUGAGACAGUACUUCAAUCAACAUUUACCAGUCAGUUAUUAAAUCUUGGGAGUUAUUCUUCUGUCCUGCCUGAAGAAUAUUCCAGCGUAGUUAGCACUGUUGUGCUUCGGGACCUACUGGCAUACGUGUCUUCAAAACAUUCCUAUCUCAAAGGCCUUCCUCAGAGGUGGCCUCAGAGAGUGAGCAAGAUAGAGUUUGUAGAACUGGAGCAGCUACAGACUGAUAUGCUAGUCCAUGCUGUGCUGAGAGUUGUGGAAGUCCUUGUACUGACAGAGGCAUUGUACAAUUACAGAGGACAGAAGCAAAGGAAAGUUGUGGUAACAGUGGAACAGGCACAAGGCCAACAUUAUGUGCUUGUGUUAUGGGGUCCUGGAGCAACCUGGUGCGCUCAGCUUCAAAGGAAAAAAGGUUACAUUUGGGAAUUUAAAUACCUUUAUGUUCAGCGCAAUUGCAUAUUGGAGAGCUUGGAAUUGCACACAACACCCUGGUCAUCUUCUGAGUGUCUAUUUGAUGAUGAUGUUAGGGCAAUUGCAUUUAAAUUAAAAUUUCAAGAAAGUACAUCCUCCUUUGUCAAAAUGUCAGACUUAGCAACCCACCUAAAGGAUAAGUAUUCAGGAGUGGUUCUGAUUAAAGCCCAGAUCGUGGAGCUAGUGUUUGCUGUCAGAGCAGCUCAGGAGGUUCGUCUGAAUGCGCGAAGCUCCAUGGAGCGCAUCCUCUGUUCCCUCCCCAGCAUGACCUACACUGGCUGUGCAGGGUGUGGCUCAGAACUGGACACGGAUGAGAACAAGAUCUACAGACAGUGUCUUAGCUGCUUGCCACUUUCUGGAAAGAAAACAUACUACAGGCCAGCUUUAAUGACCAUAGUUGAUGGAAGCCAUGUGGUUUGCAUCCGUGUAGGCUCCAGGCUGAUAGAGAAGAUUCUCCUCCACAUUUCUCCAGAUUGCUUGGACAGAGCCAUAGUGCCUUCCUCAGAGGUCACCUAUGGGAUGGUGGCUGCAGACCUGCUCCACUCCCUGCUGGCAGACAGUGCUGAGCCCCAAGUACUCAAGAUUGAGAGUCAUUUUGUGUUGGAUGAGAACAGCUACCCGCUGCAGCAGGAUUUCUGUCUCCUUGACUUCUGCCUGGACUUCUGCCAAGUAGGGCCCUGCCCUGGGCCUCAUUCCAAAGAAGAGGUGCUGACUGAGCUUACUUGCAUUUCAAAAUAAAUGGGUGAGGAGAAUUUGCUUUGGGUUUGCUAAAUAAAUGUAUUUUACAAGAAGAAUUU